AUGCUUCAGAAUGAUAACUAAUUGAAGAAAGUACUAUUAUAUGGUUAAAGCGAAGAAGGUAAAACAUUAAUUGAAUCUAUAAUAUUUGCCUAAACUAGUCCAAGUUAAUUAAUACGAUUUGGAUUAGAUCUAAAUGAUUAAGGUACGUUUACAUUAAUGGAAAGUUUCAAGUUUAAAUUAUGCCGUAGUACGAAAUAAGUAAAAUUAGUAAUAUUACUUUUUAGAAUAUAUUUUUGGAAGAAUAUAUAACAACUGAAAAGUCUACAAUAUUUUCAAAUGUUUAAGUUUUGAUUUAUAUAUUUGAUGCAGAUAAAGAAGAAAAGCUUUUCCUUCAUGAAUUGAAUCUUUUUAAAAUUAAUGUAGGAUUGUUAUCAGAAUAUACUCCUAAAGCUCCUGUAUUCGUUUUAUUUCAUAAAUUCGAAAAAAUAAAGGAAUCUGAAAGAAAGAAUUUUUUUGAAGUAUAAUGAUAAUUAUAUCAAAUUAGCGUAAACACAAGCAAAUUAUACAAAGAACUGAUGGUUUAAAUAUAGAAAUUAAAGAUGUUUUUACUACUUCAUAUUACGAUAAUUCUCUUUAUUUCGCUUUAUCUAAUAUUUUUCAAAGUCUGAUACCAAAUAUAGAUGUUCUAUAGGAUUUUUUAAAGGCAUUUCGUGAAAAUUGUAACUGUGAUGAAAUUGCUCUUUUUGAUGAAUCAACUCUUUUGACUUAUGGAUUUCUGGAAAAAAACGAGAAAAAAGGUAUUUAUUAUAAUAUAAAACAAAGACAUUUAUAAAUACUAAAGUUUAUGUAAUUAAAUUCAAUUAUUUAAAUUAACUUUAUAGAAAAAUUCAAAUAGUUUUAAGGAAAUAAUAGUUAAAACAGAGAAAUUUACAUUUUUUUUCGUUGAAUUUACAAAUAAUACAUAUAUAAUGUUGGUUUGUACUGAUCCAUCUAUAAUUCCAGGUGCAAUAUAGCAUAAUAUAAAGAAUGUAUAAUUAAGAAUAUUAUGAUAAUAAUAGACUUAUAAUUUAUUUGAAAGAAUGAGUGGAUCUUUUAUUGACAAAUUAAAAUAUUUCCUUUAAAGAAAGUUAUGA